UGAGAGCCCACUCCGGGAUAUUGCGUCAGGAGGGGUUUGGCAAUAGUACUAGCCAUCAAUUCCUCAUUCAAGCACAAUAUCCACCAUGGGAAACCACAUCUCCUACGAAACAUCCGAAUGCCAAGUGGACUUGCCCGGAGCGGCGGGUCGCAUCAGAGGCCUGCAGAAUGGUACCCAAUCAAGACGAUUUGCCGGUAUUCCAUACGCACAAGCCCCUGUUGGCAAUUUAAGGUGGCGCAAACCUCAACCCUACUCCCUCCACCAGCUCGCAGCCGCCCAACCGGAAGCGACGUACGAUGCGACGCGGUUCGGCCCGGUUUGCCCCCAGGCAGACUACUCCAAGGCUGUCGGCGCGCAUGGCCCAAGGCACACAUACGAGGAGGACUGCUUGCGUCUCAACAUCUGGACGCCGGUUCCCGACCCCGAGGUGCGCCAUACUAACUGGCCAGUUGUCGUCUGGUUCCACGGCGGGUGGUUCCAAAUUGGCGACCCCAGCCAAGAGCCGGGCAUGGACCCGACCGAGCUUAUUUCCACCGGAAAGCUAGAUGCAAUCUUCGUCACGGUGGGCUACCGCCUGAACGUCUUCGGCUUCCUGGCAGGGGAGGCAUUGCGAGAGGAAUCGGGGGGUAAGGAAGUCGGCAACUAUGGUCUCUGGGACCAGAGACAAGCCAUCGAAUGGGUGUAUCACAACAUUGCUACAUUCGGGGGUGAUCCUGACAAUAUUGUCCUCGCUGGACGUAGCGCAGGCGCAUACGCGGUCCAGGCCCAAGCUUUGUAUGAUUUCCGGGGGCAGAUGGAUGAGGCGAUGCGAAAUAAGUUCCGGAGACUGGUUAUGUACUCCAAUGCUAUUCCAACACAACCCAAGACUCCGGAAGACUGCCAACCACAGUUCGAUGAGUUGUGCCAGUACUUUGAUAUCCCAGCAACUCUGACGGGGUCCCAGAAGCUGGAGCAGCUGCGAGCCAUCGGUGCAAAGGACUUGUGUGACGCCAUCAUGAAACUCCAACACCACACCUUUCGGCCCGUCACCGAUGGCGUCUUUAUCCACCCUGGUAUCUUCGAUUACUACCGCGACGGACAUUUUGCAGAGGAGUUCAAAAAACGGGGCCUGCGGUUGUUCAUUGGAGAAGUGCGCGACGAAAACACGCUUUAUGCCGUCACCAAUAGCCCCGAGGCCAAUCUGGAGUCGCUGAAACUGCAGGUGUCGAAUUACUAUUCCCCAGCCACAACCGACCGUCUAUUGCGGCAUUAUGCGCUCCCGGAUUCGCACGAUAAACACGAGUGGCAGUCGGUGUUUGGGCAGAUCAUCGCAGAUGGCCAGGUCCGAGCGCCCUCGAGAUUUCUGGUCAACAACCUUCUGGAGCACGGCGUGAAAAUUGAGGAUGUCUGGCGGUACCUGAUCGCCUAUCGGCUGUCCUUUAUCACCGAUGCCGUGGCUCCCGCGUCCUUUGGGGUGAGCCAUGCCAUGGACCGACCGAUCUGGAACUACUCGAUCAUGCACGGACCAAGUCCUGCGGAUCGGGCCUUGAUGGACGACUGGAUCCGGGAUCUGGUGGCAUUCGUAAAGGGCGAGCAGGGAUAUGCAUAUGGGACGAAAUCUGCGGACGAGUACAAAGUGAUGACAGCGGAGGGCAAGAUUGAGGUCCAGAAGGACCACCGAUGGGAGAGUCUUUUGCAACUGAUGGAUGUAUUUUCGGGACGUUUAGAGGUGUAGGCGGGUAGCCACCUUGGUAGUACUAUAUAGUAGUAGAUAGAUAAGCUGAAGAGGAGACGAUGACGAGUGGGUUGAAAAAGCAAACAUGAUUGGUUACGCGUAUCGGCGCGCUGUCAUGUGCGCGGAUCCUGUCC